AUUGAGAAGCAAUUCGCGGUCAAAGUGGUCCAACAUAUGGAGACGUAUUGGAAGAUCCUCCAAUUCAAACGCGGCUCAGAACUAAAGCUCACCAAAUACGACGACGAAAUCCUCGAACACUUCAAGAAGGAUUUCCCCGAAUUCGAUCCAAAAACAACAAUUAAUGAGGACGAUAUGAAGAGCAAAGAAGGCAAGGAGCGAUGGCGGAAGUUCAUCAUGAAGUAUGAGAAGAAGAUUGAGGAUUUCAACUUCGGAGCCAUGCUUAGGUCGAACCCUGCAUUUGAGUAUGGCGAGAAGGAAACAAUAUUUGCGGUGCGGAUGCAGUUCUACGCUAUUGAGAUAGUGCGGAAUCGGGAGGGCCUCAACGACUGGAUCUACGAAAAAGCGCCCCCUGAGUCGAAGUAG